ACUAUCAAGCUAUCAAGCCUUAUUUCAGAUCAACGUCACAUUUUCUUAACUUUGACACUUUAUCGUGUUUUGAACACACAGUGAACAUGGAGCAGCUUCAUGCUACUAAAGGUACAAAGAGGUGCAGGGAGGCUGAUACAGAAGAGUCACCCAGCAAAAGACACCAUGCUGAGGAAGAAGAGCGACUCUCACCAGCCGAUGCUGCAGGAACGGCUUUGGUCAAUGAACCAUCCAGCCUGCUGACCCCUGGUUACAAACUGAGAUACACCAAAGUGGUGACACUCUCACAGAGGCGGCAGUACAUGAGAGCGUACAAACAGCUCUCUAAAGAGUACUGCGCCCUUCAUGCACGCGUCGAUGGCAUCCAACCAUUCUGCCAUCUGCUGCCGGGACUGAAACAGUUUCAGGAAGUGCAUGAUAAAAACAACCAGGGAGAAAAGAACUUGCUAGAACACAACCUGAAUCACACUAGCGAGAGACAGCGACUCUUUUACCUCCACCACAAGCGCGCUCACAUCAAGAAGCUCUGUGCUGACUUUGAUCACUGGUGGAGGAACAAUUUACUGACCAAAGUCAAAAGAUGCCAGGAGAGAAACAGUCCUGGAUGUUUUUAGUCUUCAUUUUACUCUCUUCCCUCCCCGUCCCUGUUUUUAACAUGAUUACUAAAUUAUUAUUGUUAAAUUAAUCCCCCUAUUAAUAGUGUAUUUUACUAUGUGAGUACAACAGUACCAAACCUUUACCAUACAGGUGUAAAUACACAGAUACACAUACAGUCUCUAACAGCUACAACACAUUCCCAAAUAAAUGCCAACUCAUUCAUGUUUGUAGGAUCACAUUUGAAAAGAUGCUUAAAUAAAACAAAUAUAAAACACGACUUUAGGAUCAUAGCAACUAAGAUUACAAACGUAAUGCAGUGACGAAUCCACGUAAUUCCUUUAGUAUUUGUUCUUUACAAUCUGAACAUAUAUGUAUGAAAUUGUGGCUACAUGUUAAAGUACAUGAUUACAUUUCUGAUCUUGUACUCUGUGUUUUGUAGAUAGUGCUAUUCUUGUUCCUCUGUUGUGACCCUGUAAAAUGCUGGAGUAACUAGCUAUUUCUAUUAAAUAGAUGGCUACUCUGUCUCUUAACCCGGCUAGCUGGCUUGUAAUUCAGGUUGGCUAGUUGGCCUAAGCGGGUCUUGUGCUCGCCCUAUCCCAACGACAAAGGAACAAGAAGAUGUACAGCGUUCACUAUCUACAAUAAAUAGACACAUCUGUGUUAAAAAACAUCUGUACUUUUAUUGUUUUGUAGCUACAAUAUGGUACAUAUUUAUAUUCUGAUCGUAAAGUACAAAUAAUAAAUGACUGGCUUGUGUUUGUUCAUCAUAAUGUUUGUAAAACUCGUUACUAUUUUCUUUGAAGUCUCUUUUAUAUUUGGUUUAUUUGACAUGUUUUUAAUGUGAUGCUCCAGACACAGAUGAGUUUGUGUUUCAUUGUUGAACAUGUCGUUUCUGUUUCAGACUGUAUGUGUAUCUUUGUAUUCACACCUGCAUUUGGGGAAGAUUUUGAUACGGUUUUACUUUCAUUUUUACCAUAUUCCAUUUCGUCUCUCCUAUCACACAGUGGCUACUUUAUCUUCCCACGAUUGGCGUCACUCUAAUCGAUAGGAGAGAAAUGAUUCUGUCCAACCCAGUUUAACAGAAAUGAUGAUUUAUUUGUUUUAUUUGUCACAUUUUUACAGUAAAAGCCACCAUGUCCAGCAAUAGGACAAAUCCUCUACAUCCUUUGUACCUCACUCUUAUCCUUUUACCUUUUACCUGAACUACAACUGAGAAUAAAUAAAAUAUCAGUGCAUUAAAA